AUGGCCCUCAAACCCAAGAGCGGUGGCUCCAAGCCCUCCAUCAAGCGCUCGACGAAACCAGCUGGCUCGAGUUCAGCGCCCAAGGCGAAAAAGAAGGGCCCACCCAGACCGCCUCCGACGCAGCACAAGCCAAAACCUACUCUCGCAAACACCAAGAAGAAGCCGCCGCAUCUUCGAUACACGGAAAAGGAGCUGCGCCUGCCUCAGCUCAACGGCAUACGGCCAGCUGGUGUGCAGAAGUUGCCCAACAAGAAGAAAGGCAAGCACUUUGUGGACGACGGGGAUGGCAUGCGCACCAUUCUCGCCCUGGUCAUGGCGGAGAAGGAGGGGAAUAUCGAAAGCAAGAUGAUGCGUGCACGACAGUUGGAGGAGAUUCGAGAAGCCAAGAGGGUGGAAGCGGAGAAGCGGGUGGAGGGGAAGAGAGCCAGCUUGGAGGAGAAGAAGAGCGAGGUGAAGCGGCAGAAGCGUGGUGGAUCAGGGCGGGCGGAGGCGGAGACUGCUCAGACUUCUUCUGCCAUGCCUCUGAAGAAGAGGAAGAAAGUCAGUUUUGGGUGA